CGUUGCUCGGGAUGCGGGCAGGUUCCGCCGCCGCCGCCGCCUCAGCCUCAGCCUCCGCCUCCGCUGCCUCAGCCUCGCCUGCCAUCGGGGUUUGUAUGAAAACACCGGGCGGCGGGCGGCGAGGAGUCCGCCGUUCUUCCAGAGAGCAGCCGCUGGCGCUGCCGACGCCGAGCCGGGUGCUGCGGCUCUGCUCAGUCCUUGCCAGCGCCCCGUCCUGAGCCGAUUAUCUGCAAUGUUGAAAUGAAGUAACUCAAGAUGAGCAAGUUAAAAGUGAUAUCAGAGAAAAGUCUUACCAAUAAUUCUCGGGUCGUGGGACUCCUGGCUCAGCUGGAGAAGAUCAAUACUGAAUCUUCAGAAUCAGAUACUGCCAGAUAUGUCACAUCAAAAAUUCUUCAUCUGGCUCAAAGUCAAGAAAAGACAAGGAGAGAAAUGACAGCCAAAGGUUCUACAGGAAUGGAAGUUCUGCUGUCAACCCUAGAGAACACGAAAGAUCUUCAAACUACACUUAAUAUCUUAAGCAUUCUUGUUGAGCUGGUGUCAGCUGGUGGAGGCCGAAGAGCAAGUUUCUUGGUCACCAAAGGUGGUUCACAAAUAUUGUUGCAGUUACUCGUGAAUGCGAGCAAGGAAUCUCCCCCAAAUGAGGAGUUGAUGGUGCAGAUUCAUUCUAUUCUCGCAAAGAUUGGACCUAAAGACAAAAAAUUUGGAGUGAAAGCUAGAAUUAAUGGAGCUCUUACUAUAACCCUGAAUUUGGUCAAACAGAAUUUGCAGAAUCAUCGCUUGGUUUUGCCUUGUCUUCAGCUUUUACGAGUAUAUUCUGCUAACUCUGUGAAUUCAGUAUCCUUAGGGAAAAAUGGAGUUGUGGAGCUGCUGUUUAAAAUCAUUGGACCAUUUAGUAAGAAGAAUUCGGGUCUCAUGAAGGUUGCUUUAGACACUCUUGCUGCAUUGCUAAAAUCAAAAACAAACGCCAGAAGAGCUGUAGACAGAGGAUAUGUCCAGGUCCUUUUAACAAUUUAUGUAGAUUGGCACCGCCAUGAUAACCGGCAUAGAAACAUGCUCAUUCGGAAAGGAAUUUUACAGAGUUUAAAAAGUGUUACAAACAUCAAGUUGGGAAGGAAAGCAUUUAUAGAUGCCAAUGGCAUGAAAAUUCUGUAUAACACUUCACAAGAAUGUUUGGCAGUCAGGACCCUUGAUCCCCUUGUCAACACCUCUAGUCUGAUAAUGAGGAAGUGUUUUCCUAAAAAUCGCCUGCCACUCCCAACGAUUAAAAGUUCUUUCCAUUUCCAGCUGCCAGUUAUUCCUGUGACUGGGCCUGUGGCCCAGCUCUACAGUUUACCGCCAGAAGUGGAUGACGUAGUAGAUGAAAGUGACGACAAUGAUGAUAUUGACUUAGAAGCUGAAAAUGAAACUGAAAAUGAAGAUGACGUAGAUCAGAAUUUUAAGAAUGAUGAUAUUGAAACGGAUAUUAACAAACUAAAACCCCAGCAGGAACCCGGACGAACGAUAGAAGAACUUAAAAUGUAUGAACACCUUUUCCCUGAGCUUGUUGAUGAUUUUCAGGACUAUGAUUUAAUCUCCAAAGAACCAAAGCCUUUCGUAUUUGAGGGAAAAGUACGUGGUCCUAUUGUUGUUCCUACUGCGGGAGAGGAAGCAUCUGGGAAUCCAGGCAACUUAAAAAAAGGAGUUGUCAGGAAUGCAAAUGUGUCUCCUAAAGGAGAGGAAGGUGAUAAGAAACCUACCUGUAUGGAUGUGGCAAAAGAAGAUAUUAAGAAUAAUGACAGAACAUCACAACAGCAGCUAGGUGAUCAAAACAGAACUAUUACAUCCACUCAGGGCGUAAACAAUGAUAUUGUGAAGGCCUUGGACCGAAUUACGUUGCAGAAUAUCCCUUCCCAGACAGCCCCAGGUUUUACUGCAGGAGCCAAGAAGGACUACAACCUCCCUCUUACCGUCCUCACGUGCACUAAAGCUUGUCCACACAUGGCCGCUUGUGGAAAUGUUCUUUUUGAGGGAAGAACAGUUCAGCUAGGGAAACUGUGUUGUACUGGAGUUGAAACUGAGGAUGAUGAAGAUACAGAGUCUGUUUCAUCAGUGGAGCAAGCGUCAGUGGAAGUCUCUGAUGGACCCACACUCCACGACUCAGAUCUCUAUAUUGAGAUUGUGAAAAAUACAAAGUCUGUCCCAGAAUAUUCAGAAGUGGCUUAUCCUGAUUAUUUUGGUCACAUUCCACCUCCAUUCAAAGAGCCUAUUUUAGAAAGACCAUAUGGUGUACAAAGGACAAAAAUUGCUCAAGAUAUUGAGAGGUUAAUACAUCAGAGUGAUAUCAUAGAUCGAGUGGUGUAUGACUUAGAUAACCCCAAUUACACUAUACCAGAAGAAGGAGAUAUAUUGAAGUUUAACUCCAAAUUUGAAUCUGGGAAUCUGCGCAAAGUAAUUCAGAUUAGAAAAAAUGAAUAUGAUCUUAUUUUGAACUCAGAUAUAAAUAGCAAUCAUUAUCACCAGUGGUUUUACUUUGAAGUCAGUGGAAUGCGACCGGGUGUUGCUUACAGGUUUAACAUCAUUAACUGUGAAAAAUCCAACAGUCAAUUUAAUUAUGGUAUGCAACCACUCAUGUAUUCGGUUCAGGAAGCAUUAAACGCAAGACCGUGGUGGAUUCGUGUGGGAACGGACAUUUGUUAUUAUAAAAAUCACUUCUCAAGAAGUUCAGUUGCUGCAGGUGGGCAAAAGGGAAAAUCCUACUAUACAAUUACGUUUACUGUCAAUUUUCCACAUAAAGAUGAUGUUUGCUACUUUGCUUAUCACUAUCCAUACACAUAUUCGACUUUACAGAUGCAUCUUCAAAAAUUGGAAUCAGCACACAAUCCUCAGCAAAUCUAUUUUCGAAAAGAUGUGUUAUGUGAAACCCUGUCUGGAAACACCUGUCCCUUGGUGACUAUAACAGCAAUGCCAGAGUCUAAUUAUUAUGAACAUAUCUGUCAAUUCAGAAACCGCCCUUAUGUUUUUUUAUCUGCUCGGGUACAUCCUGGAGAAACUAAUGCAAGUUGGGUAAUGAAGGGAACACUGGAGUACCUCAUGAGUAAUAACCCUACUGCCCAGAGCCUACGAGAAUCCUAUAUUUUUAAAAUUGUCCCUAUGCUAAAUCCAGAUGGCGUCAUCAAUGGAAAUCAUCGCUGUUCUUUAAGUGGAGAGGAUCUGAAUAGACAGUGGCAAAGUCCAAAUCCAGAUUUACAUCCUACAAUUUAUCAUGCUAAGGGGCUGCUACAAUACCUGGCUGCUGUGAAGCAUUUGCCACUGGUUUAUUGUGAUUAUCAUGGCCAUUCCCGAAAGAAGAAUGUAUUUAUGUAUGGCUGCAGCAUCAAAGAGACUGUAUGGCAUACCAGUGAUAAUGCAGCUUCCUGCGACGUUGUGGAAGAUGGAGGAUACAGGACUUUGCCUAAGAUACUGAGCCAUAUUGCCCCAGCAUUUUGCAUGAGCAGCUGUAGCUUUGUAGUAGAAAAAUCUAAAGAAUCUACAGCACGUGUUGUAGUUUGGAGGGAGAUCGGGGUACAAAGAAGCUAUACCAUGGAAAGUACUUUGUGUGGCUGUGAUCAGGGAAAAUAUAAGGGUUUACAGAUUGGUACUCGAGAAUUGGAAGAGAUGGGAGCAAAAUUUUGUGUUGGUCUGUUGCGUUUGAAAAGACUGACGUCCCCAUUGGAAUAUAAUCUGCCUUCCAGCCUGCUUGACUUUGAAAAUGACUUGAUUGAAUCGAACUGCAAAGUAACUAGGAAACGUGGCAGCUCUGAACUCCAAUUUUUGCCUCCAAUCCUUUGAAAUUGCUGAAAGCUCUGAUGACUUCUCUGCCUCUUAGCAGCUGCCCUUGCCUUGCCUUGGGUUCUUCUGGACUUUGCCCCAUGCACCUUUUCUCUUGAUUUUUCUUUGUAUCCUUUCACUGUAAUAUCCGUCACAGCUGUUAAUGCAGCUGUGUGCGGAAUCCUGUAUGUCUGGCUAGCACAUCACUAGACCAGGGAUGGCCUUGGGACCCAAACACGCAUGCCCAUUUUGAAUUUCUGUUAAGUUUGAUUAUUAUCUCCGAGAUUUUUCUGUUCUAUUGAGAGCCAUCAGAGACAGAUGGUAUUGUUACCCCUUUUCAUAUGUGUAAACUGAGGCUCAGAGAUGAAUUGACCCACGGUCAUCUGUCUGGUAAUUCUCAACGAAACCAGGAAUUGUGCCCAGAUUGAUUGGACUCCAGAAUUCCCCUGUGCUUUCAUUGUAUCUUGUAUCUUCCAAGUGACUAAGCAAAAUUACUAAAAGGGAAUGGUUUCAGCUUUUGAGGGUGUCCUGUAUUAUUGAGAAAACAACUAUUUAACCUUUUCGCUUUGUAUAAGGAAUGUUUUUAGAUCAAUAGUAAUAUAAAGUCAGUUGGAGUUUAGUGACUGUUUUUUGAAGGCAGCUUGGUUAUAUUUGUGGUCCAAAAAAUAUCAGUAAAUUAACAACUUUCUUUCCUUCCCCUCCACCAUAGAUGAUCCUGUUAGAAAUUCUGUACUCUAAUUGUGUGUUGAGUAUAUAUACCUGUGUAGGAAUGUGCAAAUACUUGUGUAUAUACACUGUGGACAUUUAAGACUGACAAAAUUGUUAACUUGUAUUUUCUAUGGAUAAUUUUGUUUGCUUUGAUAUUUAGUAGAUAAAACAUCUCUUAUGAGCUGGGAAUCAAAUUAUAUAAAUAAAACAUUCUCUGAUAUUUAGGCAGAUAGAGCCUUUACUUUCACAUGAGACCUGAUAAUUCGAUACAGGAAAGACAUAAUCAGCAAGUCACAAAUUGCUGCUAAUUUGGGCAAUGGAGUAUAUUUCUGUUUGUGUAUCAGUUUCAGAAUUUUUCCCCUAGGAUAUCUUUAUUGUGCUGUCUGAAAACAGGUAGGUUAGUUUCAAAAUUGUAGAAGAGUAGGAGGUUAAGGGAGGAUUCGAAGUUACAAAAGUAAGGCAGUAUUUUUAGUCCUUUUGGUGUGGUGCCAGCCCAUUACCUGGGCCCUUUAGGAACUGAUUAGCUUUUUUCUGUAACAAGGUAGGUUUUAUUAAUUUUAUAAUAGCAUUUUAUAUUUGUACAGUUUAAGAAUUUACAGAUGCUUUCACACUUACUACCUAAUUGGAGUCAAACAACUUGUGAGGUAGUGGGGCUGACAGUUAUCUCUGCUUUUAUUCUGGAGAAAAGCCAGUGCUUGGAGAGAGUAUGUGACUUGUUCAGGGUCAUGCAGCUGGCUAGUGGGAGAAGAGAGGCACAGGCCCAGAAUUUCUGACUCCAGGUCCAGUGUUUUGCUUCUUUCAUGCUUUUGUAUAUAGGUAACAGAGCUGAAGAUCUGCGUCCAGGUAUCUCAGAUGUCCAGUCAGCUCUCCUGCAAGUAGCUGGCCAUACAUCAGGGGAUUUGGUGAAUUUAUUAGGUUCAAUAUUGCAUAUGCUUACUAGUUAAUAUAGUGAUAGGCAGAAUACUUUCAGAAUCUGAAUGAAGCACAAUUUUUCAUCUUUGGAAAUUAGUUGGAAUUUUAAACCUUUUCUACAUCGUAGUGACACCAUACAGCAGGGAAUUUCAACAAAUUCAUCCUGUGAGAAAGCCAUUUGGGUGAAGGUUUUGAUUUUUUUUUUUUUUCCUGAAGCACCAUGAGAAGGAUUUGGUUUUGGACUAAAAUGCUAUUCUCUUUUAGAAUGAAAUGUUUCUUAUUGAUUAAAAUCCAGAAAAGAAGGAUGUUAGGGCAACGAUACAGAGGCCAGCUGUUGGAGAAUGAAGCAGAACAGGGAAACAGGAGUAAGCUUACAUGAAGAAAAGUAGAGGGACAAAGAAGUUGUGAUGGGAAAAAGGUAAUAGUGAUAGGAAAUAAUUGAGUGCUGAUUAGAGUUUCUUUUUGUGAUCAGAAUUUUGUGAUUGAAUUCCUUUCUACUGAUGUCAAGGGAUUAUUUUAUAACUCUAGGGCAGAUUAUCUUAAGGUCUUUCUUUUCCCUGCAGGUUAUUGUGAGAUAUAAUGUAUAUGAAGGCUCUUCCUAAGUUGUACAUUGUUCAAAACAUGUUGGAAUUACUAAUAAAAGCAAAGCUGAA